AUGGAUCUCAAACGUACAAUUAUUAUUCUGAUGGCAUUGGCUUGUAUACUCGAUUUGUUUGGUCUUAUUCAUUGCCACAUUAACUAUCCGCAUAAUUCAUCAUUAUCUCCAUAUAUAAUAAGUUAUAGCAUUAUCUUUCCUAUUUUAUUGAGUUUAACUGCUUUUCUUCUCAUCGAACAACUAUUGAUUACAGAUGGAACUGUUGCACCUCUCAAUCGUCUACGAACUAUUUUUGCUGUUGCAGCUGCAGUUACUCUAUUCUUUUUUGGUAUCGGUACAGCUAUUUUAGCUAGCCGUUGGUACGAUGCUCCGACUCAAAACAGCUAUCAUCGUAGUGCAGUCAUUGCUUCUGCAGUUGCCUUUGCUGACAUGACAGUUUAUUUGGGAGAAACAUUGGCUCGUAAUCGUAAGACUCGCAUCAUUUGA